AUGUCGGGCGUAACAGACGAUCUACCUUCGAAUGAGAAGAGAUGGGAAGCUGCCAUGGCUCGGGUGGGCCUUACAGGCCAAACUAUCCAUGGCGCAGAGCUGAACUCUGCCUCAAAGAUUGAGUACAAACAGUUCUUGCUUCUCCAGGUACUGUGGGAGACGCGCCAUAUUCAAGAUCUGCCGAAAAUACUCCCUGAAUUCAAUAAAUGGAUCGUGAAGGCAGAGGAAAUGCUUCAAGACUACAAAUCAUGGCAGACAUAUUGUCAGGAAUUCUCAUCACAGGAUAUGGGGGAAGGAAACUUCACCAUUGCACGACACUAUCAGCUUGAGGUUAUAAGCACAAAAGAUGAAGUAGAUCCGCGGUCACUCGCAACUCCUAUUGCACAUCGCACACGUGCUCGAGUAUUCAGUCGAAAGUUAGCUGAUAUGUAUUUGGAGACGCCCUCAAAAUCCAAGAAUAUCUCCGACUUUCUGGAUGUGGAGGAUUUAAGUCUCGAUACCUCUGAGGACACGCCAGCGAAACCGAGCCCGGAGACCCCAAGUCCACUUCAGGAGACAUCACCUCCUUCUAAAGAGCAAGCUAGUUUUGAAGCCAGAACUGACGGGUAUCUCGAUGACCGGCAAGGUAACGCUCAGGCCAUUAUCGAGGUGAAACCGGUCAUGCGAGCAAAGAAGUUGGCUGCUAUACGAAUGCAGGAGAGUGCUCAGAUGGUUGCAUGGGUCAAAAAUGAUGGCGUGAAAGCAUAUGCAAUGGACAAAGAGUAUGUCAAUUAUCUCUCAACGACCACGCCUACGAAGCAACAUCGAACGCUAACUAAGAAGGCGCUUUCUGGCUUCGCAAGAUCGGCACGAGAUAUUCCUGACGGUUUCUCAAUACGACGACGAAUACAUCAAAUUCCUGGAAGACAAGAAUCAUAG